AUGAAUGAACAGAAUCACGUUGUGCCUUCGGGCCAGCACUACUCUGGCCGCAACCGCGUCCCCAAUAUCCAGGAAUUCAUGGCUCAGCUCGACCGCGAGAAGCAACAGCGGGACGCCGAGAUUGAUAAUAAUUUGAAGAGCAAUGAGAAACACGGCGAAGUUCAAGCCCAUCAGCAGCACGACGAAAAGGCCGAGCGCAAGGACGCCCGCUGGGUGCGUGAUCCCGUCACUGGCAAGGACGUGCAAAUUCGUGACGCCAAAUUGGACUUCCAAAAGGCUGCAGAAGACCCUCAGAUGUCAAUUCCAAACGAAAAUCUCGGCAAAGACACAACCGUCCCCAAACCCAUGGACAUGUCUCGUGAGGAAUACCGCGAAACAAUGGACAUUUCUGCACCACCCGACCCUGUGCAAGAGGGAACCACUUCCGACGUGCCAAUUCGCAGCGAAAAGACGUCGGUCCUCUUCUAUAAAACCCCGUCCGUCAGCUACGAGCCCAUGUAUGAGAGCCUCGAGAAACGCGCCAAUGGGCUGUGCAUUGGCAUCCUCGUAGCCAUCAUCUUUGUCGGCAAGUUUUUUGGUGGCAAGCUCCUUGGACUGAUACCUCUCGGCUUGUGCGUCGCGUCUGGUGUCUUUCUCUGGUGCAAGGAGCUCAUUCGCCAGGGCCGUGAUGUUGAGUGGUCCAGCGAGAAAGAGCGUGGCGAGACGGCCAAAGUAAACCUCAUACCUGAAUCAGUGGAGUGGUUGAAUACCGCCAUCGGCAUCAUUUGGGGGCUUAUCAAUCCCGAGGUCUUUGCUGCUGUUGGUGACACUCUAGAAGAUGUUAUGGCAGCUUCUGUCCCCGGCAUCAUCGAAAACAUUCGCGUUGCCGAUAUUCAUCAGGGCAGCAACCCGCUUCGCAUUUUGAACAUGCGAGCUCUUCCAGACUCGCAUGUCCAGGAUAUCAAGGACGAUAUACGAAAGCAAAACGAAAAGACCAUGGACCCCAACGAAAUGGCUGCCAUGGAGCAAGCCGGCGAGUUUUACAACAUGGAGGUUUCUGUUGCUUACCACGCAAAGCCCUCUGGCGAAGACGUCGCCUCCAAGGCUCGCAACAUGGGCAUGCAGCUUGUCUUCUAUCUGGGUAUCCGUGGGCUUUUUGGUGUUCCUCUGCCUGUCUGGGUUGAGCUGCAAGGCCUGGUGGCCACUGCUCGCCUACGACUACAGCUUACACCGGACCCGCCAUUCCUCAAGACCAUGACAGUCACUCUCAUGGGCGUCCCAAACGUCCAAGCCGGAUGUACUCCAAUGAUCCAAAAGGGUGUCAACAUUCUCAACCUGCCACUCAUUUCCAACUUUGUCAACUGGGCAAUCUCGGCAGCGGCAUCCAUGUAUGUCGCACCGAAGAGCUUGACCCUCGAUGUUAGCAGCAUGCUUACGGGGGAUGACAUCAAGAAGGAUACCAUGGCAAUGGGUGUCCUGUAUAUCCGUAUCAACAAAGCAGUCGAUCUGAGCAAGCAGGAUCAGCGUGGUAGCAAGGGCGGUGGCUCAGACCCGUACAUUACCAUCAGCUGGAGCAAGUUUUCCAAACCACAAUUCUGCACCCGCGUCAUUCAGGAUGAUCUUAAUCCGUACUUUGGCGAAAGUUGUGGCCUUUUGGUUACGCCCGACAUUAUUCAAGCAGACGAGCAACUCUCAGUGGAACUUUGGGACAGUGACCGAUCCUCGGCCGACGAUGUUGUGGGCAAGAUCGAACUUAGUAUCCUAGAGCUUAUUCAACACCCCGGCAAGUUCUUCCCCCAAGUUUCCAAACUCAAGGGAAUGCAUGCGGACAGCAGCAUGCCGGGCGAGUUGCACUGGGAAGUUGGCUUCUUCGGCAAGACACUCUUCCGCAAGGCUCUGCGAACUGAUGAGAAGAACCCCAACCUGCCUGAUGAGAUCAAGAAUAAGCCCGAACCCGCCGAGCGCCAAAAUGCCGUGCCUCAAACAGCCGAGAAUGAAGCAGCUCUGCACACACCACCUGACCCGCUCUGGCCCUCUGGUAUCUUGAGUGUCGUUGUGCACCAAAUUGUCGGCCUCGAACUGGCCAACAUUCGUGGCUCAGACGGCAAUCGCAAGGGCAAGGAAUAUGAACCAGCUCGCCCCGAGGCCGGUGAAGUAAAGGAGGCUGAAAGCAAGAAGCUACCCAGCUCCUACUGCACCAUUCUCAUCAAUGACGAUUUGGCCUACAAAACCCGAACUAAAGUUGUCUCUUCGCAGCCCAUCUUCAACGCAGGCACUGAGAAAUUCAUUCGUGACUGGCGCUCCUCAAUCGUCACCGUUGCGGUCCGCGAUGCCCGUCACCGACAACAUGAUCCGCUCAUCGGUGUCAUUCCGCUCAAGGUAUCGGAUAUUCUUCAAACAAGCAGCGAAGUUACGCGAUGGUACCCCCUGGACGGCGGCAUUGGCUUUGGCCGCGCUCGCAUCUCACUAUUGUUCAAGUCUGUGGAGCUGCGCCUGCCGCCGCCGGAAAUGGGCUGGGAAAUUGGUACUUUUGAGCUUACAUCCGACAAGAUCGAGGCUGUGGGCUGGGCGCCAGCGUCAAAAGCCAAGUUGCGCUUACGUACUGGUGGCUCGACUGCCAGCGUUCGACGUUCAUGCUCGACGAGAGAGGGCGAUGGCUUGACAUUCGACGUGAGUGGCAAUGGUCACAGCCAGAAGAUACGUCUUCCUGUCCGCCACCGAUACAGGUCGCCCAUCUUUCUCGAGUUCAACCCCGUCGGCAAAAGGCACUCGGAUGCAUUCGCCGCCAUCUGGCUAAAGGAUCUCACGGACUGCACUGAGCAAGAGUUUGAUGUGCCGCUAUGGAAAUGCAAUAAUCCCCUGCGUCUCUCACAAAAUUACAUCACUGAGGAGAAUUUCAGACAAGUACCCGAUCUUGACAUUGAAGAAAUCGGCCGCCUCAGAUUCCGAGGCCGCUUUUCCCCCGGCACAGACUCUGACCACAUUCGCUUCGUCAGCGACAAUGACUCGCGCGAGACAAUCGAAACCUGGGAGGCUUGCUAUGCUGAGGGUGUCCGUGAGAAGGAAGUCAAGACAGAGGUUCCACCACUGACUCAGGAGCUUCAUGAAAACUCUUUGACGCAGGGACGCGAUGUUCUGGCACAAGCCAGCGAACAAGAGCGCAAGAGGUGGCUAGCCAAGGAUGGCACUGACUGGUCCAAUGCCUUUGGUCAAGACCCCUCGCAAGCCAUGGCUGGUAGGAAGCACGGGGACGGGGAUGGUGAUGACGACGAAGACGAGUAUGAACAAGGCAAUGACGAUGCGGAUAGCGAGGAGGAUACCAGCGAUAGUCCCCUUCCCAUCACUAGCCAGGCGGCAGCAGGACCGGCGGAUCUGCAGCCCACCGCGACGACAGGGAGCAGCCUCGUUGAUACUGCUGACGGUCGCGCGUCGCUCGAGACCACCACGACGGCCGCCACCGGCGCGAGUGAUGCGUCCAAGAAGAGCCACGGCCCGAUCUCAGCCAUCAAGGAUUACCGCUCGAACAGCCGCGAUCUGCACCGCAAGCAGCGCGGGCUCAUGCAGUGGCGACCGAUGCGUAACGUACAGUUUGCCAAGGACGAGGUCAAGUUUCUCGCGCGCAAAGUGAAAAACAUAACGGCGCUAGACGGUCGCAAGCCAGACGUUGAGACGGAAGUUUAA